AUGUCCGUAUACAGCAGACAAGGUACCAUGCCGGCGAACGAUCAGUUCAGCAUGCUGUCGAACGGUCAGGCUUCCACGCUCCAAAACGAUCGGCCUGACGAGUCCCGCCGGAGAAUCUGUGGCGGGCUUGUCCAACAUCCAUACGACUGGCGUUUUAGAACGGGCGCGACUAUCAGCCAGGCCGUCGCAAUUUUCAUAUGUGCUAUGCUCAUGGCAUCGCUCGUGUUCCACUGGGGCGUCGACAAAGACGCGCUCUUCAACUCUCCAAUGAUGACCGUGGGCUGGACGGCAACUGUACUUCUGCUCUGGAACUUCGUCAUCUCCAUAAUGCAGGAACGGUACGACUUCUUCACCCGGUCCAAGGAUUCACACAUGUACAGGUCGAGGCAACGCCUGUUUGUUUGGGAGCUGGCCCACGCUCUGUUUUCCACCGGCAUUCUCGCAGGCUGGUCAGUUUUGCUGCGCAAGGCCCAGUGCUUAGACAACAGAAGACCUGGAUGCACUAUCGGUAUCGCAGCUAGUGCGAUGCUGGGUGGCUUCGCUUCCGCCCAGUGGGGCUUCGUGCUGUUCAUAGGUUGCAAGGUCUAUAAGUUGAAUCACGAGGAGCACGAGAUGCUUGAUGUCGUGCAACACCGUCAUGGAGGGCAGCCUGUCCAGCGCACAGUCUCGAACAUGCACGAUAGAGGCCACAAGCAGCCGAAGAACAAGAUGCCAGCUGAUGCGUAUUCGCGAGCCGCAGCCAUUGACAUGCAGCGCCAGCGGCGCGGAGGCGCUCCUCCAGACCUUGUUCCCCCGGGUUCAUACGGUCCCCAAAAUCCGGAUGUGGCUCCACAAUUCGCUCCCCUUGUACCUCAACCUUCAGUUAACGGGUCACAGUACCCAACAUCAAAUAAUGGCACGCAUGCUCCGGGAAACGUGCAACAAAAGCCGCCCCGUCGAUAA